AUGAAGAUAUUUUUAACGGCUAAGGGGUGCACUGUACAUGCACUUCCAACACUUCAAGAUAUAAUUGCAUCGAACAAUAUCAUGGCUAAUAUUAAUGAUACAAAAUUGCGUAGCAAUGAAGAACAAGAACGAAGUAAAAGUACAAAAACUCUUGUAAUUAUCACAUCGGCUGAUAAUGGUAAUAAUGGUCAUAUUCUUUCAUGCUUGAAUUCAACCACUAUUGAAAAUUUUAUUGUCGCAUUAAAUAAUACGAAUAGAAUGGGUGAAUGCCAAAUUAAUAAUAUAAAUAAUAUUGGGCCUUUUUCUUCAGCUGAACAAGAAAUACCAGUCGAUAGUUAUAAAACUACAAAUUCAAAGAAGCGGAAAGCUGAUUUGACAUGUGUUAUUUGCGGUGGUCAAGCCACCGGCUUCAAUUUCGAACAGAUUUCAUGUGAAUCUUGCAAAGCUUUUUUUCGUCGUAAUGCAUUACAACCGAUAGAAAAAACGAAAUGUAUUAACUCCGAUGAUAAUGUCCUUGAAAUUCGAUGUAAUAUUCAAUAUGAUAUCAAACAUAAAUGUCAACGUUGUCGAUUAUUGAAAUGUUUACAAGAAGGUAUGCGUAAAGAUUUUAUUGUAACUCGAGAAAAAAAACAAAUAAAAGAGAGACGUUUGGAAGAAAAUCGUCGAUCAAGUUCUGAAUUAAUUAACAAGAAUAACAAUGUAAAAAGUGAGAAUAUCAUUGAAUCGAAAGCAACAGCUCGAGCUGAUUUAUUAUUUGAGAGUAUUCUUUCACAAUCAUCAAGUUUUCUUACCAAUGACGAUUGGUUAUGUUUAUCACACAUUCAAAAUGUUUAUUUUUCUGCAUCUCAAGCAACGCCAUCAGCUUCGUCUGCUUUUUCUUUUGAAUUAUCACCGGAUAGAGUGACUACUUUCAAGAAUAUCAUUGAUGUAAACAAUUUUACUGCCAUUAAAUUGAUCAAUUUUCUUCGAGAAAUACCCGAAUUUCAACAAAUUGAUGCACGAGAUCGUUUGAUACUUGUUAAAUGUAAUUUAACGUUACUUCUUUUGAUACGUUAUUCAUCGAAUUUUGAUUCAGUACGUGAACUAUCAUAUGAUAUCGAUACAGCUGGUCCCAUCUCACUUGCAGAUGAAGCAUUUGCUGAAUAUUUUAAAAGCUUUUUUAUUCUUUGUUGUGGUUAUCAAUUCAAUCGAGUUGUAUUGUCUAUAUUUCAUGCUCUUAAUAGUAUAAUUAACAAAGAUCCAAUUAUGACUCAAUUACUAAUGAUUGUUAUGAUUUUUUCAAAAGGUUUAUCAGCUAAUGAUGACGAUGACGAACAAUUGCUAAAUGAUAGAACAUGUAUCUUCAAUGCUCAGUCGAAAUAUACUGAUUUACUAUUUCGAUAUUUAAUGGAACAAUCGUCAUUCGAAUUAGCUGUCAUUAAAAUGACACGUAUUAUUGAGCAAUUAUUGAAGAUUCAAAUAGUUGCAAGAGACUUUCAACAACAUAUUAAAAAUGAAAUGGAUGCAACAUAUAUUAAUCCACUGAUGAAAUCGCUUCUUCAUCUUACAUGA